AUGCCUGCUGGUUGCAAGCUUACUCCAUCUUGGUGUGUUUUUGUACAGGUACUCGAAGGAACUUCCCAUGUGAAACGUUUACAGGAUCGGUGCCGACUACAACGCUCAAUUGCGUACUGGUUUGAGGCAGCUCACGUCAUAACAAAUGGUCCUCCAACUGAAACACAAGCAGAGACUUGUCUAGAACAAAUGGUCUUUUCCUCAAGUGACACAGAAGGCAGGCUCUCACUGGCAGCUGAUAAUGUGCCUGAAGCUGCUGCUGAUAAAUCUUCACAGGCAAUUGCUGCAGAAUGUGUUGUUUUAGUUCCUACAACUUCAGAAGCUACACAAUCAUAGGUACCACCAUCAACAGCUAGAGAAG